AAUCUGCACUUAUUAGCUGCUUAUUGUAACCAAUUCAAAGGGAAUCUUGCAAUUGGGUGAACCAUGGAUCUUGACCAUGGUAAAUGUUGGGCGAAUUCGAAGAAGGAUUCUUGGAGGACAACUUUGCUGUUGGCUUAUCAGAGUCUCGGUGUAGUCUAUGGAGACCUCAGCAUUUCUCCGCUUUACGUUUACAGGAGCACGUUUGCUGAAGAUAUCCAUCACUCGGAAACAAACGAAGAGAUUUUCGGGGUUCUUUCUUUUGUUUUCUGGACUUUAACUCUCGUCCCACUUUUCAAAUACGUGUUCAUAGUUCUCCGAGCUGAUGACAAUGGUGAAGGUGGUACGUUUGCACUGUAUUCAUCCAUUUGUCGUCAUGCUAAAGUAAGCCUGUUACCGAACCGUCAAAUUGCUGAUGAAUCGUUAUCUACAUAUAAGCUCGACCAAUCGCCAGUGAGAGAGAACAGUUCUAGAGUGAAAAUGUUGCUUGAAAAGUACAAAAUUUUGCAUACAGCUUUACUGAUCUUGGUUCUUCUCGGCACUUGUAUGGUAAUUGGAGACGGAUUACUUACUCCCGCUAUAUCUGUUUUUUCUGCAGUUUCUGGUCUUGAGUUAUCAAUGUCUAAAGAUCAUCAUCAAUAUGCGGUGAUUCCAAUUACUUGUUUCAUAUUAGUGUGCCUGUUUGCGUUACAACACUAUGGCACGCAUAGAGUUGGGUUCUUUUUCGCGCCCAUCGUGUUUCUGUGGCUGAUUUGCAUCAGUGCCCUUGGUGUAUACAACAUCAUUUACUGGAAUCCACAAGUUUAUCAAGCUCUUUCCCCUUAUUACAUGUUAAAAUUCUUCAAGAAGACCAAAAAACAAGGAUGGAUGUCUCUGGGAGGUAUUUUACUGUGCAUAACAGGCUCGGAAGCAAUGUUUGCCGAUCUUGGCCAUUUCUCGUAUGCUGCAAUACAGAUCGCUUUCACCUUUCUGGUUUAUCCGGCACUCAUACUUGCUUACAUGGGUCAAGCGGCUUACUUAUCAAGGCAUCACGAGAUUGAUGACCAAAUUGGUUAUUACGUCUCGGUACCAGAAACAUUGAGGUGGCCGGUGCUUGCUAUAGCCAUUCUUGCUUCGGUCGUAGGAAGCCAAGCAAUCAUCAGCGGAACAUUCUCGAUCAUAAACCAGAGUCUGUCACUUGGUUGUUUUCCGAGAGUCAAAGUCGUGCAUACCUCCGAUAAGAUUCAUGGUCAAAUCUACAUACCGGAGAUCAACUGGAUACUCAUGAUCCUAUGUAUUGCCGUCACCAUCGGUUUCAGAGACAUCAAACACUUGGGUAAUGCAUCAGGUUUGGCUGUAAUGGCUGUAAUGCUAGUGACCACUUGCCUCACAUCUCUAGUAAUCAUUCUCUGUUGGCGUAAACCGCCAAUUGUUGCACUCGUUUUCCUAUUUUUCUUUGGUUCGAUCGAGUUACUCUAUUUCUCAGCUUCCUUGGUCAAGUUUCGUGAAGGUGCGUGGCUUCCGAUCCUAUUAGCACUCUUUCUAGUUACCAUAAUGUUCGUUUGGCACUACGCCAGCAUCAAGAAAUACGAAUACGACCUUCACAAUAAGGUCUCGUUAGAAUGGCUACUAGCCUUGGGUCCGACUUUGGGCAUUUGUCGAGUCCCGGGGAUCGGGCUUGUGUUCACCGACCUAACCUCGGGCAUUCCGGCUAACUUCUCGCGGUUUGUAACCAACCUUCCUGCUUUUCACCGUAUCCUGGUGUUUGUCUGUGUGAAAUCGGUACCUGUCCCUUUUGUCCCCCCGGACGAAAGGUAUCUAGUGGGCCGUGUGGGUCCCUCCUCUCUUCGAGCUUAUAGGUGCAUUGUGCGUUACGGGUAUCGCGAUGUGCACCAGGACGUGGACUCGUUCGAGUCAGAUCUUGUUAAGAGACUUGCUGAUUUCAUCUACUACGAUUGGUGCCGACAGCAAAAGGCUAGUGAUGCAGGUAACGAGAGUCUUGCGUCAGGUUCAGACCGGUCCUCCGGCGAGCAUAGACUUGCGGUGAUAGGGGACACAGAAUUCUCGAGAACCGCUGGUUUUGAGGUGGAAGAAAACAUGCAACAGGUAAGCGUAUCGUUUGGGUUCCAAACAGUCGAGUCCCUAGGGGACAUUAUCGAGAUGAGUACACCUAAGGAGAGACGAGUUAGGUUCACCAUUGACGACCAUGACGAGCCUGAAAAACGAACCGAUGUGCAAAUGAGACAAGAACUCGAAGAUCUAUGGGGCGCUCAACAAAGUGGGACCGCGUUCAUACUCGGGCAUUCACACGUGAAAGCAAAACAAGGUUCGUCGGUUUUGAAGAGAUUAGCAAUUAAUUUCGGGUAUAAUUUCUUACGAAGAAAUUGCCGGGGACCCGAUGUCGCGCUCAAGGUUCCUCCGGCGUCUCUGUUGGAAGUUGGCAUGGUUUAUGUUGUAUAAACUUAGUUUUCUGUUCAUAAUAUGAAAGGAAUGGAGUUUCGAAAAUUA